AUGCGCGUGAAAGCUGUCUAUGGGCGGACCUCGUUUGUUUGUGAGUUCCCGGACGAAUCUUCAGUGGCUGAGCUGUACGAGUUGGUGCGAGCUCGGAUUGGGAAGGCUGUCUUUCUCUUUACGACAAUGCCUUUACAGAUGAUUGAUGAAGUGGAGAAGCGGCGAGUGUCUGAACUUAUUGCUGAUUGUGAUUGUAUUUACUUGAUGGAUACACCAGAGGCCCGGGGGCCGAGUGAACAGAAAGAGGCGGAUGAAUGUGCGGCUGUUUUUUCGAUUCUGGAAGUACCUAGUGAUAACUCUUGUUUGUUUCAUGCUUUGAGUGAGUUACUGGAUGCCCGGAGUAGUAGUGAGUUGCGGAAGAUGGUGGCUAAUACUAUUCUGGAGAAUCCUAAGAAGUUUGCGAUCUACUUAGAGAAGGAUCCUUUUGCUUACUCGAAAUGGAUUGUACAACCGGAUACGUGGGGUGGGGCGACGGAGAUUGAGAUUAUUGCCCGGAUUUAUGAGACAAAGGUUUGUGUGAUUGAUCGGCAGUUACAGUGUAUUGAAUUUGGAUGUGAGUAUCGCUCGGUGGUUUAUUUACAAUAUUCGGGUGUGCACUAUAAUGCAGUGAUUGGAAAGGAUCAGGGUCGAGUAAUCAAAAAGUUUCCUAAAGGGGAUGUCCAGGCCUUGGCCCGAGCUAAGGAAGCUGUGCGUGAGUCAUUUGCCUCCUCUAGUGCAUAG